AUGGCCAGCCUCAUUGUCAUGGACUCCCGACUCCACACUCCCAUGUAUUUCUUCUUGGGUCACCUUUCACUGCUAGACACUGCUUGUAGCUCCAAUACAGUACCUCAGGUGCUAGUGCAUCUGCUGGCUCCAGUGCAGAUCAUGCCCUGUCACGCUUGUCUUACUCAGGUAUUCUUUCUCCUCUUCCUGGCACCCUGGGAGUGCUUCUUGCUCACAGCCAUGGCCUAUGAUCGCUAUGCAGCCGUCUGCCAGCCACUGCACUACCUAGUCCUCAUGGGUCAACAGACUCGGGCAGGACUGGCUUCAAUCUCCUGCCUGCUUGCCUUAGCUAAUGCACUCAUGCAUACCAUCCUUGCAGCCCAACUUCAGUUCUGUGGGCCUCGUCUCAUCACCCACUUCUUUUGUGACCUCCCACCCUUGCUGAAGCUCUCUUGCUCCAGCACGCAGGCCAAUGAACUUGCUCUGGUUUUCUUCAGCUUUCUAGUGGCUCUUACACCCUGUGCCCCGGUCACAAUCUCCUAUGUACAUAUUGUGACUGUUCUCGGGAUUCGCUCCACUGAGGGUCAAAGAAAAGCUUUCUCCACCUGUGGUGCUCACGUCACCAUGGUGUGUAUUUUCUACCUCACUUCAGUACUCCGCCACGUCCUACCCAGCUCUGCAUAUUCUGGCGUACGAGACCGGCUGCUCUCAGUGCUGUACACGGUCCUCACUCCCAUGCUCAACCCAGUCAUCGACAGCAUGCGGAACAAGAAAGUGAAGAGGGCUUUCUUCAAGGCCCUUGGGAAAGAGAGGGUCUGCUAG